AUGCAUUCUUCGACUUAAAGUUUAGACAUAUAUUUAAUAUAGCUAUGAUUCACGUAUUUUUUUUUUCUUGUGUACAAUUUUAAAAGAAUAUCAUAUUAUGGAUGCGUUCAUUUGUAACCUUUUUAGCCUAUUUCAACAAAUGGCAUGAAAAAAACUAGACAUAAGUUGAAGUAAAUCAAGUUUUAUUAAAAUUCAAACAAUAUUUGUGAAUUUUGAUACCUUUCACCUCGGUUUAUUCGUUUGAAUUUUUAAUUUUUUAUAAAAUAUUUUUAUGAUGUAGAAUAAUUACAUAUUUUGUGUUGGGUUGGGUUUUUACUUAAAAAUAUCGCCAACCCGACCCAACCCAAUUAGAAACAAACCGUAGGGUUUAGAUUUUUUUGGGUGGGUUUGGGUUUAAUAUUUCCCAAACCGUAGUGCAUGGGUUGGGUGAUUAAAAUGUCUAAACCCGGACCACCCGACCCAUGUACACCCCUAAUUCAGGCAGUGAAAUACUCUGGGCUGGGCCCAUGAUCCCGGUUCCAGCCAGGCCCACAUGGUCCGUUAUUCCUUCUCCUCCUCCGUUCACUUCCCAACACCGUCUCCCAGUCGUUCCGUUUCCCGUCUCCGUUUUCUGUGCCACUCCGUGAAUGGAGAAAACCGCUACUGAAAUUGCGAGCACGGAGCCGGGAACCGAUGCCGACGACGACAGGCUCAGCUCUCUGCCGGACGAAAUCUAUCUCCCACAUUCUCUCCUCCCUGCAGACCAAGUACGCCGUGGGAACCGCCGUCCUCAGCCGAAGGUGGGACGAUCUCUGGACUAGGGUUUCAAAUCUCGAUCUCGACAACGGCUUGAUUUACCAGCCACGGCCUGGCAACGCCGCCUUCGAGAGCUUAUGAACAGGUGAAAUAUCUAGACCGUAGAUUACCCGCCUUACUGUCAGAAUUCUCCCGCUUCGUGGACAAGGCCCUGAGCCAGCACAAGAAUCUCGAUUCUCUGAGGCAUUUCCGCUUCCAUUUUUCAGUCGUGCACGAUAACCAGAAGUUGCGCAGAGUGUUUUUGUUUAACAAGGAAUGGGUGUUUGGUCCUGUUCUUGAGGAGAUCGAUAUGGCAAUUGUGGGAGACAAAGGUGAAGUCCAAUUUCCCCUAGCUAUACGCCGCCUUCCACAAAGCUUCUACACUCUGAAGAAUCUGAGAGUCGUGAAGCUUGAAGGGAUUGCGAGUCAUUAACCAGUUUCCUCUCUGGCUGCCCUAUUUUGGAGACGGCGCAUUUCGAGGGUUGCUUUUUAUCGUACUGGAAGGAGCAAGAUAUUCUCAUGGUUUCCUUACCAUCCCUGAAGAACUUCAAGAUGAUUCGUUUUGGCAAUCAUGUUAAGCCUUUGGUUGUAAUCGGAGCACCAAAUCUUGAGGAGCUUCAUCUUCAGGAGUUCGGAAAGUUGGAGCUUAUGGGCAGUAGUCCAUUGACAUGUCUUCAUUCAGCAUAUAUCGAUAUCGGUGAGCAUCAAAGCUCGGAUCUGGCUGGUGUCCUCAAUCGAAUCUCUAAUGCAAAGAAAAUGUUCUUAUCUGGGAAUACUCUGCGUCGCCUGUCAGUUGCUGAUAAUGUUCAACUGCCCGUCUUUCCCAAGUUGACACAUUUGACAAUUGGAAUAUGGGGCAGUAGCUACACUCUGUUCUCUUUGCUCAACUCAGCCUCCAAAUUGCAGUAUCUUGUUAUUGACAUGGUGAGUCCACAUGUUCAUUUGUUGGUUGGGAUGGUGGAGUGGUUGGUAUUGCAACAUCUUCCGACGCCCGAGUGUUUGUUAUCGAGCCUCGAGGAAGUAGAGAUUAAGCAUCUUGUCGUAGCUGAAGAUACGAAGAAACUGUUACACUCUCUUUGGGAAGAGGUGCAAAUGGAGGGGGUGCAUAUUAGCUGGGGUAAAUGCAAUUCCCAAGGCAAAUGCACCUGUUUGGUUAAGAUGCAAUAGUAGUAGGGGUAUAUUAAUGAGGUGCAUUUCUACUGUUUCAGAAACCCACAUAGUGUGGGAUUUUAAUUAAAAUCACUCGUUUGGAAAGCAAUUAUAUGAUAAGAGAUUUUAAAUAUUAGAGAUUUCAAAAACCCACAAUUGUGGGAUUAUGAAAUAGCUGAUGGUGAUAAGUUAUUUUAAAAUCUCACACAAAUUCCACAAAUUAAAAACCUGGGUUUUUA